UUCCGUGGUUGGAGUGCAGAGAAAGGAAAACAUGUGGAAAAACUAAAUCUCUCUAAAGCCAUGCGAUACCCCUCUCUCACUCUCUGUCUCUGAAAAAAUUCCAUCCUAUCCUAGGGAAGUGAUGGACACUGUGUCCCAUACCAGACCAUCGCUAAACCCAGUCUUUUGUUGCAACAACAUUCUCUUCAGGCAUUCCCCGUACUUCCCGCCCCAACGACGCUAUGUUGAGGGAAUUGGGUGCUCUCCUUGGCAAUUAUCAGCAACGAGUAGGAGGAGAGUGGAGACUAAAAAAGGAGUGUUGGUUGUGCCAAGAGCAGGUGGGGGUCCUCCCAGCAGCACCAUUCUCAUAUUUGCGUUUGUGUUCCCUCUCUCUCUCAUCGCCAUCACCGUCCUCACUUCCAUCAGGAUUGCCGACAAGCUCGACCAGCAGUUCCUCGAAGAGCUUGCAGCAAAUCAAGCAAUUGUGGAAGAUGAAGACGGCAAUGAUGAUGACAAUGCCAUUUUUGUAGGGGAUGAGAAGCCUGCACUUUCACGCACUCGUAACCGUCCCAAGCGCGAAGCAUAAAAUAGUUUCCAACAGUGCGAUUUUGUAAUAUUUCCUAUCACUUCAUAUGCACAGCCUUUUGGAGUUUGUAUAUAUCCUGGAAAUCUUUUAAUUUGGCAUCUGUUGUAAUGUCUAUAUGCAUGUGCUCAGUCAUUUCUGUAGGUUCUCUUGACUAUUUAUAUACAUGAAAUUAAAUUAUAGUGUUUUUGCAGGU